AUGGCGUCGGAAUUUAUUGGACUUCAGAUGGUGGUGACGGUGCGAGGCACUCCGCCAAUGCUCCUCAAAGGCACCGUCAGCGCUGUUGAAGCUGGCACUGGCCUAACUCUCAGCAACGUUUGGAUGCUCCAUACCAGCGAGUGGAAGCCGCGCCUCACUAUCCCUUCGGAGGACAUCAUCGACCUUUCUGAGGUCGGUGCCAACCCUACGCCGCCCGUCGCCGCCUCUGUCGCCCAGCCGAAUAUACCACCCGUCGCUCCUCCUCCUGUUUCCCAGCAGGCCGCCCCGCAACCGGCAUUUGUUGACCCCGCGAUCGUGGCCAUGGGGAAGCCUCCGGCUGCUAUAUCAUCGACUCGUGCGCCCGAGCCCCAUCCGUUGCCGAAUACGAGCGAGAAGCGGGACCCAGGGCACGUCGUUAUCCCUUCGGUGCCAGCCGCGGGUACAUCCAGGGAGGUCACGCCCACAAAUUUGGUCGCCGCGUCUCUAAAGGCACUGAAGCUUGACGCUCCCACCGUGCCCGUAGCCGUAUCCGUACCCGUACCCGCCGAGCCGGCCGAGGAGGGGGCUGCCGAAGCCGCCCUGGACUACGGCGAGACGGCUGGCCAGAAGAAAAAGCGACGACAGAGGAAGCCGGGGAAUGCAAAGGCGGUAUCACAACACGACUACGAAGUUUUGCCGGCGGCUACGGCUGCGCCAAAAACUGCCGGGAAAGGAAAGGGUUGGAGGCAGACACCCAUCUUGCAGAGCACGGCAUCUUUCCAACCAUUUAACUCACUCAAACGGAACCGCAAAGGCCCGCAGGCUGUCGACAAUGGGUGGGCCUCCGAAGACGUUACCGACGUCCAGGAGAUGGGCGAAUUCGAUUUCGAAAGCAGCCUAGCGAAAUUUGACAAGCAGAACCUGUUCGAGCAAAUGAGGAAGGAUGACCUGGUCGACGAGGCCGACCGCCUGGUGUCCCACAACAGGGUACCCCGUCCAAAACCAGGGACUGCGGGCGGCAAGAACCUGCACUACUCGGAAAGCAGUCUUUACGUGCUACCAUCGAACCGGCGAAUCGAGACCGUCUCGGCGCUGCAGAUGUUCAACCUUGAGAACAUUGCGCACAACGAGGUCGGGCUAACGGAGGAGAUGAUGACGGAAAACGCCGGCCGCGGCCUCGCCGAGGUGACGCUGACCGCCCUCUCGGAUCCGGCUAUCAAGGUACGGCACGCCGGCAGCGUCGACCCGGCCACAGGCGCCCCCCCACCACAGACCGUCGUCGUGUUGGCGGGGAAUAACAAGUCCGGCAGCCGGGCCAUCGCGGCGGCGCGGCACCUUCGUAACAAGGGGAUUAACGUUCUCGUGUGCGUGGUCGGCCUCGAGCGCGGCGAGCGCGACCUCCUCGAGGACGUGCAGCAGCAGGUCCGGCUGUACCGCAACCUCGGCGGGCGCGUGUUCGCCAAGAGCGACUUCUUCGAGCACAUCCGCAAGAUCAGCAUCCCCAUGCUGACCAUCGACACGCCGCGCGCGUCGCUCAGCAGCCUGGCCAACCCGGCGCCCGUCAUGCUCAUCAUCGACGCCCUCCUGGGGCUGGCCAUCUCGUUUGGCGAGCUGCGCAACGGCGACCAGGCCACCGUCUACGAGCUGAUCGAGUGGGCCAACCGCAACGAGGCCUUCGUCCUCGCCGUCGACGUGCCCUCGGGCGUCGACCCCUCCUCGGGAAAAGUCAGCGUCGUCGACGGCAACCGCCUCUACGUGAAGCCCCGCUACGUCGUCGCCGUCGGCGCCCCGAAACGCGGGCUGCUCGAGGCCUUGGUCGCGGCCGAUGAUGACGACGGCGAUACCGUCCUGGCGGGCGAGGCCCCCGUGCCGGAUGACGGCGUGCUGGAGUGGAAGCUGUUCUUGGUGGAUAUGGGCCUGGGCCAGGCGGUGUGGAAGAAGGCGGGGACGAAGAUGAGGAAGGGGGUCGAUUUUGGCGAGCGCUGGGUCCUGGAGAUGAGGUAUCAUGGGAUACCGAGUGGGGAGGGGGAGGAGGAGGCGCUUUGA